AUGCCUUUCAGCAAGAUCCUUUUGGCGGCCAUCGCCUUAAUGGCACGGCUUGUCCAUGCUGAGGAUGCUGCCCGGGAGCUUCAACUCUCCCAGAGCCCUCCCAGAACUGUGACUGGAGCGCAAGGCUGCUACACGGACUUCGGUCCGUCGUGGCGCGGCAGCGUUCCGACAUUCUCCCGCCUUUACUCAUACACGUUUCCCGUCACCGAGUACACCUACACCACGCCAACGACCAGCACCGUGACCGUCACACCCACCAUCUCCGACAAGGCUGUUGCAACAACUACGUCAACCGUCACUACGACUACGCACGUCUCAUCUGUCACUACCGCUACUGUCCGGGCCCCGGCGAGGUUUACUCCCCUUGCCUCCGUCGUUGCCAGAGCGGGCGGUGCCUCCGCCCUCAAGGACACCAUAGAUGAAGCUCAAGCCGAACAGGGAGAUGGCGAGAACAGCUUCAGUCUCAGUGUCGACGAGGAAGGAAAAUUCAUAGCCAGGCCCUUCCUCUGGCCGCAGGCGGUUGUCUGCGAGAAGGUCGUCCGCAUCUUCACGACCACCACGACAACUAUCACGGCUACCUGGGCCGCCACCACGACCACCACACUCCCCGGACCAACCGUGCAGACCACUGUUACAACGACGACCACACAGACUUCCACAGUCACUGACGUCGCCGCCAACCCCACGCAGACCAUCUACGAGGCCUGCCAAGCCAACAACCUGCAGGCCUACCGCGGCCAGCCGCGGUCGUACUUCGUCGAAGCUGUGCACAGCUGGCUCACCACCCGCGAGGAGCGCCGCGCGAGUAGCCCCGAGGGCUGCUGCAUCGCAUGCCAGACGACGUCCGACUGCGGCGGCAGCCUGUACCAUAUCCUCACCAGGACGUGCUACAUCUUCAAGUCUGGGGGUAACCGCAGACAGUGCAGAUCUCCAGGUGAGCUGCGAUCCACUACGAGCAUCACCACCGGAGGCGUCUUCUGGGCCAGUAACGGUGGGUGUGCAUCGUGGAGACUUUCGGCCAAGGAACCGGGGUCCUCGACGGAGGUCUAG